AUUGGAUGCCAACCGCCGUUAAACCCCACCUAAGAAGAAGGAAGUGAACCACAGUGACCAAGAACCAUUUCUUAGACGUUUAUUAACACCCUGGAUUUCAAAAUAUGAGUAGUCAUAACUGCACAGCAUCACAUUCUCACCCCAUAUAGAGUAUCAUUCGUGUUGGAGACGACUUAGUCGAUAGAAGGUAUAUAGGUAACGCUAGCUACUAACGUUCGCUAACAAUGGCUAACUGUAUGGUUUUUCACACUCAAAUAGCCUCCAUCAUGGAGGUGCUAGCGAAUGCAGCCGUUGCAGAGAUCUGUAAACUCGUAGACGACGACUAUGCAGUGUUUCGUUUGGAAAUAACUCAAAGCCAGAAAGAAAACAGGACAUUGCGGAGAAAACUACUGGAACUGAAGGUGGCACGGGAGCGCGCUGAGAGGACAAUGCCAGAACGCGUCCUCGCCAUUCGACCCAGUAGUGUUAAGAUCCUCGACCGAUACAGAGGAAUGGCAAGAGGUGAAGGACAUCGCACUGGAGGCUACAGAAGCUUUGUUAAGCCAGUGGGACACAAUACAUGGAGAGAUGACCAACCAAUCACUGAUGAUGAUGGGAGUGGAACCUCAACCCAGCACAUUAUCAUGAUAGAGUCUGCAGAGGCUGCAGGUCCUGUGGUCAAGCUGGAGCGGUCUGAAGGAGAGGAGGACCCACGGCACAGCACAGACAUCCAGACUGGAGCGGCUGUAGCCACAGAGGACCCCACCACCGCCCCAGUGCAGCCCAGGACCCAACGCAGCAUCACGGAGGAGGAGGAGGGUCCAGAUGUGCUGCUGGUGAAGGAGGAGGGUCUGGGGAACCCUGAGGUGACCAUGGUCGUGGAGGACAACCAGACUACACCUCCUCCUGAACCCAAAGAGGAACCAGCUGAGCUGUACAGGACCACACACAGUCUCACGGAGUCAGUAGACAUGGAGGAUGGGAAGCCUGAUCUGCUGCUGGUCAAAGAGGAGAAAAUAGAGGACAGACCAGAGAGCAUUGACCUGCUGAGUGCACUAAAGAUUGGGGAGCAAGGUGGUUGGCUGGAGGCUAACAGAGGAGACUGGACAACAAUUUUGGAUACCCAGACCAGUGAAGCCAAGAGCCCAGGGGACAACAUCACUGAGCAGGGCAGGACCAGAAACAACAUAGUGGAGGUCAGUGGAUGGGACAGCGUCUUCAACUCUGGGCUGGGGAACAACACUGUUAACCACAACCAGAAACUGACAGUCGAACACAGAACAACAACCGAACUUAGUCUCCAUGACAACAGGGUGAGGUGUAGAUUUGGUCCACGGGGACUGGGAGGUAUCCAUAUGCGGCAGGAGAGAACAGAAACAGACUCUGCUAACGAUGCUCCGUCCUGCUCCUAUAGUUGUGAUUCAGAGAGACUGAUGGCGCCUCAGGUUAACCCCCUAACAGGUGCCGCCUUCAGCCUGCCUUCGAUAGGAUCUGUCAACUGGAAUAUGGACCCUGCGACAACACAGACACUUCCUGGCCCUCCUCACACUCUCCUAAUGUUAAACCAGACCUCAGACAAAGCCAGUGCUUCAACACUAAAUGGCUACACAAGCCCAUUGCCAAAUGACAGUAGUAGUGAUGCUAUCAGUAGAUCCGGUGGCAAAGAGAAGCGCUUUCCGUGUUCAUUCUGUGGGAAAGCCUUCAGUUUCUGCAAACAGGUGAUCCACCAGAGGGUGCACACGGGGGAGAAACCAUUCGGCUGCCACCUGUGCCAGGCCAGUUUUUCACAAUCGUCCAGCCUGAACAGGCACCAGAGAGUCCACACGGGGGAGAAAUCCUACAGCUGCCCCCAGUGUGAGAAGAAAUUCUCCCGCCAGCACCAGCUGAAGAUGCACCUCAAGGUCCACACGGGAGAAAGGCCAUUCGCCUGUACUCACUGCGGGAAGAGGUUCUCGGAGAGGAGAUACCUCAAGAUGCACCAGCAGAAAAAACAUUCCACUAUAACAUAGAAAGUAACCAUAACACUCGAUUCUGACGUUUAGAUCAAACCCUGCAUUAAAGGUAGAUGCAGCAAGAUGACAUAGAUACAUCCAGUAAACAGCAGUUGUGGGUCAAUCGUUGAAGUGCAAGGCCCAUACAUUGUGUGAUAUAAGGCAUGUAGUACAAUAUUGUGUUACAGCCUGAAUUUAAAAUGUAUUUCAUAUAUAUUUUUUGUCACUCGCCUACACAGUAAUGUCAAAGUGGAAUUAUGUUUUUCAAAGGUUUUACAAAUCAAAAGCUGAAAUGUCUUGAGUCAAUAAGUAUUCAACCCCCUUGUUAUGGCAAGCCUAAAUAAAUUCAGAAGUACAAAUGUGCUUAACAAGCCACAUAAUAAGUUUCAUGGACACUGUGUGCAAUAAUAGUGUUUAACUUGAUUUGUGAAUGACUGCCUCAUCGCUGUACCCCAUACAUACAAUUAUCUGUAAGGUCCCUUAGUCAAGCAGUGAAUUUCAGACACAGAUUAAACCACAAAGACAAGGGAGGUUUUUCAAUGACUCACAAAGAAGUGCCCCUAUUGGUAGAUGGGUAAAAAAAAAAAAAAAAAGCAACAUUUGAAUAUCCCUUUCAUUACACUUUGGAUGGUGUGCCAAUACAUCCAGUCACUACAAAGAUACAGGCGACCUUCCUAACUCAGUUGCUGGAGAGGAAGGAAACCACUCAGGGAUUUCACCAUGAGGCCAAUGGUGACUUUAAAAUGUUUACAGAGUUCAUUGGCUGUGAUAGAACACUGACGCAACAACAUUGUAGUUCACAAUACUAACCUAAUUGACAGAGUGAAAAGAAGGAAGCCUGUACAGAAUAAACAUGCACUUAAGUAAUACUGCAAGAAAUGUGGCAAAGCAAUUCACCUUUUGUCCUGAAUACCAGUGGUGGAAAAAGUACCCAAUUGUCAUACUUGAAUAAGCUAUAGAUCCCUUAAUGGAAAGUUACUCAAGUAAAAUACUACUUGAGUAAAAGUAUUUGGUUCUAAAUAUACUUAACUAUCAAAAGUAAAAGUGUAAAUUAUUUAAAAUCCUUAUAUUAAGCAAAGCAGGUGGCACCAUUUUACGAAUAGCCAGUGGCAUACUCCAACACUCAGACAUAAUUUACAAACGAUGCAUUUGUGUUCAGUGAGUCCACUAGAUCAGAGGCAGUAGGGAUGACCAUGUAUUAUCUUGAUAAGUGCAUGAAUUGGACCAUAUUCUUGUCCUGCUCAGCAUUUAAAAUGUAACGAGUACUUUUGGGUGUCAAUGAAAAUGUAGGGAGUAAAAAGUACAUUAUUUUCUUUACGGAUGUAGUAAAGUAAAAGUUGUCAAAAAUAUAAGUAGUAAAGUACAAAUACCCCCCAAAACUACUUAAGUAGAAAUAGUUUGAAGUACUACUUAAGUACUUCAAAUUUUAUUUGUCACAUACACAUGGUUAGCAGAUGUUAAUGUGAGUGUAGCGAAAUGCUUUACGCUACUGCUGAAUACAAAGUGUUAUGUUUGGGGUCAUGAUAGGGGCUGCAUCAAAUGAUUGAUGUAUUAUAAUACUUGAUUAUGCUUAUGUUGUAUGAAUAGAAGGGGAGGGCUAUAAGACCCCUCCCCCACUACAUUAUUAGGGUCCUGGACUACAGAUUAGCUAUAUAUAUACAGUGUGGAGAAGAAGUAUUUGAUACACUGCCGAUUUUGCAGGUUUUCCUACUUACAAAGCAUGUAGAGGUCUGUAAUUUUUAUCAUAGGUACACUUCAACUGUGAGAGACGGAAUCUAAAAUCAAAAAUCCAGAAAAUCACAUUGUAUGAUUUUUAUGUAAUUGUUUUGCAUUUUAUUGCAUGACGUAAGUAUUUGAUAAAGCAGAACUUAAUAUUUGGUACAGGAACCUUUGUUUGCAAUUACAGAGAUCAUACGUUUCCUGUAGUUCUUGACCAGGUUUGCACACACUGUAGCAGGGAUUUUGGCCCACUCCUCCAUACAGACCUUCUCCAGAUCCUUCAGGUUUCGGGGCUGUCGCUGGGCAAUACGGACUUUCAGCUCCCUCCAAAGAUUUUCUAUUGGGUUCAGGUCUGGAGACUGGCUAGGCCACUCCAGGACCUUGAGAUGCUUCUUACGGAGCCACUCCUUAGUUGCCCUGGCUGUGUGUUUCGGGUCGUUGUCAUGCUGGAAGACCCAGCCACGACCCAUCUUCAAUGCUCUUACUGAGGGAAGGAGGUUGUUGGCCAAGAUCUCGCGAUACAUGGCCCCAUCCAUCCUCCCCUCAAUACGGUGCAGUCGUCCUGUCUCCUUUGCAGAAAAGCAUCCCCAAAGAAUGAUGUUUCCACCUCCAUGCUUCACGGUUGGGAUGGUGUUCUUGGGGUUGUACUCAUCCUUCUUCCUCCAAACACGGCGAGUAGAGUUUAGACCAAAAAGCUCUAUUUUUGUCUCAUCAGACCACAUGACCUUCUCCCAUUCCUCCUCUGGAUCAUCCAGAUGGUCAUUGGCAAACUUCAGAUGGGCCUGCACAUGUGCUGGCUUGAGCAGGGGGACAUUGCGUGCGCUGCAGGAUUUUAAUCCAUGACGGCGUAGUGUGUUACUAAUGGUUUUCUUUGAGACUGUGGUCCCAGCUCUCUUCAGGUCAAAGAGACCUGCCCAUCCCAGCCUUGUGCAGGUCUACAAUUUUAUCCCUGAUGUCCUUACACAGCUCUCUGGUCUUGGCCAUUGUGGAGAGGUUGGAGUCUGUUUGAUUGAGUGUGUGGACAGGUGUCUUUUAUACAGGUAACAAGUUCAAACAGGUGCAGUUAAUACAGGUAAUCAGUGGAGAACAGGAGGGCUUCUUAAAGAAAAACUAACAGGUCUGUGAGAGCCGGAAUUCUUACUGGUUGGUAGGUGAUCAAAUACUUAUGUCAUGCAAUACAAUGCAAAUUAAUUACUUAAAAAUCAUACGUGAUUUUCCGGAUUUUUGUUUUAGAUUCCGUCUCUCACAGUUGAAGUGUACCUAUGAUAAAAAUGACAGACCUCUACAUGCUUUGUAAGUAGGAAAACCUGCAAAAUCGGCAGUGUAUCAAAUACUUGUUCUCCCCACUGUAUAUGCAUUAUAAGGUUUAAUAUUGUUCCACAGUUCUUUUCUAGUCUCUGCCUCUUAUAAGAAACGGUCUGAGAGAUAUGUGAGUUAUUGCAGUCAAAACAGGGUGUCUGUGAGAAAGCGCCUCAAGGCUAAAAGAGAUUCAUAGACACAGAACUCUGCAGGGGAGUGAAAGAGAAAAGACAAGUAAGACAUACCACUAUAAAGCAACUUGGGAGUGGAAAAUUACUGCUGAACCCUUAGAAAACACUGGAACUAUUGUCUCCCCUGCAGGUUUGUAUAACUGUAUAUGGUCUCAUGAGUAGAAGGUGUUGAAGUUAUUUUUUAUUUUGUAGAGGUAAUUCAGCCACUAUUACCCAGGCCACCUUGACCUAUGGGAGGGUGGUUUAUUUUUUUAUUUUUGUAGAGGUAAUUCUAUGUGAAAUUUACCCAGUGAAUGAGUAGAGUUGUUUAUGAAUAGUCCGUUGCAUGUUUCAUUUGUUUGUUUGUCUGUCUGUGGAUUAUGGCGGGGUUUUGGGGUAAUGGCCCAAUGGUGGAAUAAAAAGUCAUUUGAAUUAAAGGUUGAACAUAUUUGUUAGUGACACUUUCCUACCAUAGAAAAUGUACAACACUUAGUAUACCAGUAAAAUUAUUAAAAGGAAGUUCUGUAGAGAUUUUCAUAGAAAAUUACUUUGUGACGCUAUCACCAGGGGGCACUGGUGUAUAACAUAUUACUGUUACGCUACACCCUUAAGAUAUAAUACUAGGAAUUGAAGUCUAUCAUGCGGUUGUCUCUGUGAGGCCCUUGUGUGAAAUAUAUUUGAGUUUAGUAGAACCAUUUACUAUAGCCUGGAUUAAGUGAAAGUAGAAUUAGGAUUACUGUUGUUUAACACAUACUGAAAGGAGGUAGAGAAUCAUUUAAAUAGGCAUAUGUCUACAUAUUACACCCACUUUAGGAUAACCCUAUAGAAAUUGGGGAAAACACAUUACACGCAGACUAUCUAAAUAAAAAGCCGGAGAACCAUGGCACAGUCAAACCAGAAUGAGGAGAUGGGAGCAAUGAAGCCUGUCACACCUGUUGAAUAUAUGCAAAAUAAGUUUCCUGCUGUGGAAUUUACAUUCACUUUUAAGAAAUGGCAUGUCUGGACAGAGAUGGCAGGAGAAAAUAGAUAUCCAAUGGAUGGUUCAUGCAACAAGACUAGGUUGGAUUUAUUUAGUCAAGGAGAUAAUUCAGACAAGAAAAAUUUUCAAAAAGAAGGGGAAGAAGAAAAGUACUCUUGUAUCAGAAACUGUGAUAGGAAUGAUGAUGCUGGAAGGACAGUUCUUCAUAAACAAGGCUACCGUUACCAAACUAAAGCUGGAGAGAACAAUAGAGUGAGGGAGGAAAGAAAUGAGGCAGAACCCGGACCCCCGGGUGACUAUACACAGAUCUACCCUCUCAUACCACUGACAGAAGAAAAUGGAGAAGCAACCACAAUUAUCCGCUAGGGGACUGAUGAAGGAGGUGGAUGACACAACAGCAGCAACAAGCGUCAUGAGAACAAAAGUUCCUGGAGGGAGAUUCCCUCGACACCCCAACUCACUCCACAAAAAGGAACAGACAAGACCCUAGACAUAUGGCCACCUGUAGAAAACAAACAAACUACUAAAGAAGUAAAAGAAAAGUACAAAGUGUUACCAUCCAUGGGUGACCUAUUCAGAGACCAGAGAGAAAGGGAAGAAAGAGAGAAGAAGGAAGACUGUAAAAUAAUAAGUUAUAAACAUUACGAAAAGAGAAGAGAAAGUUGAAAGAAGAUCUGUAGGUGCUAAUUGCUGAUAAGAUUAAAGAGACAAUGGACACAGAUGAUGUGGACGAAAGUAAAAAGCUAAAAGAGGAGGUGGGCCCGCCAGAGCCCCUCGUGACUGGAACAACACUCAAGGCUGGACCUGUGGGCAAUUGGGGCAUGUGAGUUCGCAGUGUGGGGGAAAUGAAAAAGGAAGAGGUUACGACGGGGGCAGAGUAAACUUUGGGCCUGGCAGAGAAAGAGGAAACUUUGGGCCUGGCAGAGAAAGAGGAAACUUUGGGCCUGGCAGAGAAAGAGGAAACUUUGGGCCUGGCAGAGAAAGAGGAAACUUUGGGCCUGGCAGAGAAAGAGGAAACUUUGCUAAUGACAGAGGACAGCCAUGGCCAACGGGAAAUCAGAACACCAACAGUUCUUAUUUCCCUCAGAAUCAACAAUGAAGGCGCCCGACUCCCCUGCUCCAGUGUCUCCAGUAUGAAUUCAAUGAUGGAAGAACCAAUGGUUACUCUUAAUGUUAAUGGGUAUGACCUACCAUUUCUAAUAGACACUAGAGCUCACUGUUCCUGUUUAGGCAAACCUGGACAAGUUGUUGGGGCUUCCCUGAGCAAAUCAUCAGUAACAAUAACAGGGACAUCGGGACAGUCCAGGAAUGUGUACUGGACAAAGACAAACCUCUGCUUGACUCUGACAUGGUUCUGUUCGUUGAUGGUUCUGCUUAUAUAGAUCAAAGCACAGGGAUGAAACAUGUAGGAUUUGCUGUAGUAGAUGUGGAAGGUGAUAUUGAGGUUAUACAGCCCCUACCAGAACAUUUAUCAGUUGGUGGUUGAAGAUAUCCCUCUAGUGGUGCGGGGGCUGUGCUUUGGCAAAGUGGGUGGGGUUAUAUCCUUCCUGUUUGGCCCUGUCCGGGGGUAUCAUCGGAUGGGGCCACAGUGUCUCCUGACCCCUCCUGUCUCAGCCUCCAGUAUUUAUGCUGCAGUAGUUUAUGUGUCGGGGGGCUAUGGUCAGUUGGUUAUAUCUGGAGUACUUCUCCUGUCUUAUCCGGUGUCCUGUGUGAAUUUAAGUAUGCUCUCUCUAAUUCUCUCCUUCUCUCUUUAUUUCUCUCUCUCGGAGGACCUGAGCCCUAGGACCAUGCGUCAGGACUACCUGGCAUGAUGACUCCUUGCUGUCCCCAGUCCACCUGGCCUUGCUGCUGUUCCAGUUUCAACUGUUCUGCCUGCGGCUAUGGAACCCUGACCUGUCCACCGGACGUGCUACCUGUCCCAGACCUGCUGUUUUCAACUCUCUAGAGACCGCAGGAGCGGUAGAGAUACUCUUAAUUAUCGGCUAUGAAAAGCCAACUGACAUUUACUCCUGAGGUGCUGACUUGCUACACCCUCGAUAACUACUGUGAUUAUUAUUAUUAUUUGACCAUGCUGGUCAUUUAUGAACAUUUGAACAUCUUGGCCAUGUUCUGUUAUAAUCUCCACCCGGCACAGCCAGAAGAGUACUGGCCACCCCUCAUAGCCUGGUUCCUCUCUACGUUUCUUCCUAGGUUUUGGCCUUUCUAGGGAGUUUUUCCUAGCCACCGUGCUUCUGCACCUGCAUUGCUUGCUGUUUGGGGUUUUAGGCUGGGUUUCUGUACAGCACUUUGAGAUAUUAGCUGAUGUACGAAGGGCUAUAUAAAAUAAACUUGAUUUGAUUUGA